GGGCUGGGGCUGGAGGAUGGCGACACUGCAGGGCUGGGGCUGGAGAAAGGCGACACUGCAGGGCUGGGGCUGGUGGAAGGCGACCCAGUGGGGCUGGGGCUGGAGGAUGGCGACACUGCAGGGCUGGGGCUGGAGAAAGGCGACACUGCAGGGCUGGGGCUGGUGGAAGGCGACCCAGUGGGGCUGGGGCUGGAGGAAGGCGACACUGCAGGGCUGGGGCUGGAGGAUGGCGACACUGCAGGGCUGGGGCUGGAGGAUGGCGACACUGCAGGGCUGGGGCUGGAGAAAGGCGACACUGCAGGGCUGGGGCUGGUGGAAGGCGACCCAGUGGGGCUGGGGCUGGAGGAUGGCGACACUGCAGGGCUGGGGCUGGAGGAAGGCGACACUGCAGGGCUGGGGCUGGUGGAAGGCGACCCAGUGGGGCUGGUGGAAGGCGACCCAGUGGGGCUGGUGGAAGGCGACCCCGAAGGGCUGGUGGACGGCGAGCCUGAAGGACUAGUGGACGGUGAGCUGGCAGGGCUCGGAGAGGGACUAGGGGAUGCCACAGGGCUAGGGGACCCUCCUGGACUGGGCACGCCGCCAGGCGAA